GAUAUUAUUAUUAUUUACCAUCCAUCCAAACUUUUUAACAGGUGAGUGAGGAGACUCACAGGUAAAUAAGUAAGCACAGGGAAGAUUUGACUGCAGAUUUUGCACAUACAUAAGAGUUCUCUGACCACAAUAAUAAUAACACGGUGCAGAUUUGCAGAUGAGAUAAUACGAACGAAAAAGAGGUGCAGGAUAACAAACAUAGCAAAGAACCGUGUUAAAUUGAAUCCUGGUUGGUUAGCUAGUUAGUUAAUAUUGGUCGGUAUGCAACUUCAUCUCAUCAUUUUGCUUUUGGGAAUGGGAUGGUACGUAAGUAAGUAAGCAGAGUUUAUUUUCUGCCUCUUGUAUUUCUAGUUGGAUAAUGUUAUUGUGAAUCAUAUUGGAUUUGGACGGACAAAAAAUAUUCUGAGGGCAUUAUUUGUUAUAUUGCCAUUGUUGUUCGUCGGUUCGUCAAUCUGUUAGUUUUUUUUGUGGUGGUGUAAAGUGAAGUAGUAAUAAUAGUGAUGAGAUAUAUACAUAUGAAAUAAUUACAAAAUUGCAAUCUGGUCGGGUUUUCAGUGCUGUGGUGAGUGACAGAGAUGGUCGUAAAUUUGUGUCCAAUAAGAUUAAUUUCAAUUUGUUUAAAGGCUGGAUUUAAUUUCGUGUUAUGUAAAAGUUUAGUGUGAUGUGAAAUUGCUGGAUGUUUUGUUUGUGACUGGAAUUUCACGGGUGGAUUGGAUUUGUCGCUUUUUCCCUGAAAGAGGAGAGAAAAUCGAAUCACGCCAAGUGGAAUUAGAUCAACCAUUCAUUUCAUCCUCAUCAAAAGUCAACUCUCUCACGGACCGAGUAACAAACUCUUAUCUGAAUUUGCACAGAAUUUUGCAAUAUGUGACUACAUACUUACGUAUACUGCACGCAAAUAGUCUAAGAGAAUAUUGCACCCGAGCGAGGAGUCAAUAACAGAACGCCGUUUAUUUUCUCACCUCCAUCCAGUGCAAUCAACAUGUUUUCGCAAUUUGGCACCUUCUACUUCCACCUCACCGGGCCAGGUAACAAGUAUUAAUGAGAUGAAAGGAAGUCGCAAUUAGUCGCGAAGAACGGAUGUUGACGAGAAGAAGAUGAAGAUGACACGAGGCGAGGACGACAUCCCAACGAAUUUCGCAACGUUUUAACAACAAAAUUUGACUUUGAACCUAGCCAAUUAAGAAAGCUGCAGAUUGCAGAAUCAAAUCAAAUCCGAAGAAUAAUAACUUCCAAAGAAGUUUCAAAUUGCAUUACUUACUUUUGAGAUUUAACUAACCAAGGAGUCAAAAUUAUUUAUCUAUUCGUUCGUAUUGUGCCAAAGAGAAAGUUUUGCAGUUUUCGUACGUGGGCGGAGGAUAUUUUGCGAGUAGGUAGGAGAGUUCUUCUGAGAUGGAUUGAUAAGUGUGUGUCUGUGCAGAACUAUAAAUUCGUGAUCAUUAUUAUUACAUACGUACACCAUCGUUCAUUCUCGAGGUGAAAGUAGAGGACGAAAAACUUUUUGAGAUCACUUCUACUCUACCCACACUUGACUCGAGAAGUGAUCUUAUCUCCAAUCUUCCAGAAGAUAAGUCUGGAGAAAAAAGAAUUUGUCUGGAAAAAAUGACGACCAAACUUGAACGGCAAGACUCCGUGAUUUCCAUCCUUUCUUCAGGGAUCGAUUUGUGCAGGAUUUGUCACUGUGACUCGUCCUGUGGAGAGUUGAUUUCACCCUGCUACUGCUCCGGAUCGAUGCGAUGGGUUCAUCAGAUUUGUCUCCAGCACUGGAUCCGCGCGUCAAACAACAAAGCAUGCGAACUCUGCCGUUAUCCGUACGCAAUGAGGACAAAAUUGAAGCCGUUAUGUGGCUGGGAAUCGUUACCAAUGUCCACCUCGGAAAAGAGGCGUCUCUUUUGCUCUGGUAUUUUCCACCUUAUCGCGCUCGCCUGCGUCAUUUGGUCACUUUACGUUCUCAUUGACCGCACCAUCGAUGAGGUAACCCAAUCCGAACUGGAGUGGCAAUUCUGGACAAAAAUCGUGGUCGAAGCGAUCGGUUGUUUAGGCGCAGCGAUCCUAAUCUACGUUUGGGGCAAGUCUUACCUCUCCAUCGCGAACAAAUGGAUUGCUUUCAACCGCACCUUUAUCGUCGUCUCGUCGUCCCCUCCACCCAUAAAGAAGGUCAUGCUCCACACUACCACCACAACGACAACCACACCCUCCGCACCUCCUCACACCACCACACCACCCGGAGCUACGCCCACCUCCUGUGAUAAUUCCACCACCACCGCGACAACACCCUCCCUCACGAAGCAACCGCGUGGCCCGCCUCCUCUCAGAUCUCCACCCCCCGUCCUGACCCCACUCCCUCUUUCGCAAAACCCCCGGGACAUGGAUGUCGACACGGAUGCUGCGACAACCACGGCCACGGCGAGUUGUUGUUCUGGAUCUUCUAGUCCGUUGAUGAUGGUGGGAUCAGGAUCUGAAAGGUGUCGUCGCGUCGGGAGUUUCGGCUCCAGCAGUGAUGACAGGCUGGAUUUAGAAUUGGAUCUGAGCAGUCCGGACGGCGAGAGUGGGAGUGGUCGCAGCGGAAUCAUGAAUCGGAAUCGGACCGACUCUUCGAGUGAUACUGAUGGGAGAGAGGUCGUCAGGGCGUUGUUGUUACCGCAGGUCGUCUACGUACCGCCACCUCUGCCAGGAGGUGCCACCCGAACGGAGGAGCAGUAUAGGUUGCUAGGAUUUAAGAAGGAGGAGGGAUAGCGAUAAGAUAGAGGAGCUUAUCGAUCGAGGCGAUAACUGAAUGGGAAAAAAUUAUUAUGGGAUUUGUUUUUUACUUUUGUGCUGCGUGCUUAUGCUGCUCAUUGCUAAAUGGGAAGAUUUUUCUGUGUACAUUUGGAUGGCGUAUCAUGUCGUCGUCGUUGUCGUCAGUUUUAGGUGCAUAUUUAUGUCGUCAAAUUGUUAUAUACUCACAUUUUUGGGUACAACCGUAACAGUAAUCGACUCGUUGUUAGCUUUUUGAUAAAAAAAGUCAUACCUUUUGUUUUUAUGGUUUUCGGCUUCGGAUGGAAAGACUGAUAUUUUUUAUAAUUGUUGUGUAAAUUAGUUACUUAAUUGAUGGAAUGAAAUUGACUCUUAAUUAAUUAUGCAUUGUUUUGAAAAUGUAUGCAUGCUUGGAAAAAAAUCGGGUAGAUUUUUCUAAAAAUGUGUAGAAAAGGGGAAAAUGUGAAUUUUUAGAAGUUAAUUUAUUUACGAUUACAUAUGCAAUCUUUGGAAUCGAAUGUGAUUAAAAAUCUAGUUUUUAAAUGAAAAAAAGUGACAAAACAAACUCAUCCGUACCUAACAAAACAAAAUACAAUUUACAUAUUUAAAAAUAGGUGAUUAAAAACGAUCAUAAUUAAAUAAUUAACACACAAAAACUAAUCAUUAGUCAUUUAAUUGCGCAUUUAUUUGUAUUAUUAAUUAGUUAUUAUUGUUAAAUACUUAAUUUAAUUUACGCCGGAAUCAAGUAUUUAUUGAAAGUAUUUAUCAUUUCAUGGAUCAAUGCAAGUAAUUUUUUAUAUCGUUUUUGUACCCUUUUGUUAAUUUCGUUAUAAAUAUUAGUAUGAAAUUUUGUCCUCAUGUUUUCUUCUAUUAAAAUGAUGAUAUGAAAUAGUAUUAAAAAUUAACGUGUUUAAUUAAAACUAAUUGUUGUUGUUUGCUUUGAUUGUUAGUUAAAUCUAAAUUAUCGUCAAUGAUGUUAAUUAAUGGACUGACUGUUGGAAAAUGAGGAGUGAAUUUUAGGAAAUAUAAAAUCGUAUAUUUUCUCAUAUGGAGAGAAAAGGGUUGAAUUUUUUAUAGACUGGGUUUGAUUAAAAUUUUGACCAGAAUUAUCCGUGUUUCAAAUUAAUCUUUGUUUUUCAUGUCGUCUAAAAAUAUUAUCGGUUUCAAAAUCUGAAAUUGGCUGUUGGGAAAGUUUAUAAAAUUGGUGCGUUUUUAAGGUGAAAAAAAUUAGUGUGAUGUGAUGAAUAAACACUUGUAACUCAAGCCAUAUAUAAAUGCAUGAAAUUGUUAAUUGCAAAUUUUGUUUGUCUUUCCAUGCAAGAUGUAUUUAAUAAAAUGAUUAUUGUGAAUCAUAAAAAAA